AUGGCCCGGCCGAAGAGCCAGAAUGCAGAGCCUGGCUUGCAGAGGCGCCUCUCGAAGUGGGGCUACAGCAAGGACACGCUGACUAAAGUCCUCGCUUACAUCAGGGACGAGGCACCCAUCGUGAUCCAUGUCGACUUGGUGAAGUACGUGUCGUGCUUUCAAGCGGACACCCACUACCGAAAUCAAUUCGAGACGCGGACGACAGGGGGCUCAAGCGACCUUGGCAAGCGGAAGGCCUGGGAAAGCCGCCUCUUCCCCGAAAGCUACGACGAGGUGCAGCACUUUGACCGCGUCAAGUACGGCGUCCUGAAUGCUGUGAAUGACCCGCGUGGCAUUAUGUCGGUGGCCAAGCAGUAUGGACAGGACUACCUUGUGCUCCGGGGUGCCCGGCUGCGAACUACUUUUUCGGACCGAGACUCCUGCACGCAAGGGCAACAAGCUUCUUGCGAAUGGUAUGCCCACGUUCUGGAGAAGUACACAGACGCCGAGCUUCAGGCAGUGACUGAGGUUGCUCUUGGAGACCGCUUGUAUGUGGACUCCACCGUGCUUGACACCGCCGCUGGGGGGUACAAGGAGGUGCAGAUUCACGGAGAGAUUGAGUUCAAGAAGCAUAUCGAAGCUGUGGUGGUGCAUCCGUCCCGGCGCAAGGGCAAACAUCUUGAAAAGAUAGAAGCCUGGUGCCGCGCGAUCAACGUUCCGCUCCUGCGAAUGCCCGAGUACUGCGACGGCACGGCCUUCGAUGCCCCCUGGCCCCAGGCCUCAGGGUCCCAGCUUGUG